GAAAUACAGUGCGUUCGUCGUUGCAGGGGUUUUGGUUCAAAAAUCGACGCGUGUGCGGUGACGCCAUUACAACAUCUUUCGCUCGCUCGCAGUGUCCGCAACACCACUCGAGAUGGCAGACGGUAGGGGCCAGUACGGUCGGGAGCGGAUGCGUGGCUCCAUUAGUUCGGGCCAUCCACAACGUCCACCGUUCGAUGCCCGCGGCGGCCAACCGCCCUCGGUUCGCGUUGGAGUGCCACCGCAAGGCCCGGCAUAUACGACGCAAGAGAAACGACCAUCUUGGACACAGGCCCAGAGCGGUGGAGGCGGCCCGAGUGCCGGCCCAAGCAGUUCCGGAGUCACGGCACCGGCCGAAGGGUCGCGAAACCCCAGCGCAGGACCAUCCACGAGCCGCGAGCAGCAACCGGGAGUGAGUGGGUUGCAAGGACGCACCUUCCGCAACCCGAUGCACCGAUUGAUGGCGGAUACAAUGAAAACGCGUUGCCCGUCGCACGAGUCGAAGCACGGCACCACAGGCCAACCGUUGACUUUACAGUCAAACUAUUUUAAGCUGCUGAAACGCGUGGACUGGACACUGUUCCAGUACACGCUCGAAUUCGUCCCGUCAUGUAGCAGCCCGCGGCUGAUGCAGUCGCUAGUGAACGAGCACAAAAAGAUUCUCGGUGGCUUCGUGUUCGACGGAGCGAACCUCUUUACGGGCUGCAAGCUGUCGAACGAUGAGAUGGUGCUCCAGUCGGUCCACGAUAGAACCGGCGACCGGUAUGAGCUUCACAUCCAGCGCGUAAAUGCCGUGGACAUGGUGGGCGAGACCGGCAUUCAGGUGUUGAACCUGAUUCUCCGCCGAGCCAUGAAUGGGCUCAACCUGCAGCUGGUUGGUCGCAAUCUGUACGACGCGGCGGCCAAGAUUCCAAUCCGCGACUACCACAUCGAACUGUGGCCAGGCUACAUUACCAGCAUCCGGCAGCACGAAGCGGACGUUCUGGUGUGCUGCGAGAUCGCCCACAAAACGAUGCGCAUGGAAACGUGCUACGACAUUUUACGCGAAUGCCAGCGCCACGAUCGGAACUUUAAGGAUGCGUUCCAUAAGGCGGUGCUCGGGUGUGUGGUUCUGACGGGGUAUAACAACAAAACAUACACCAUCCACGACGUGUCUUUCGAAACCACCCCCGAGAGCACGUUUGACACAAAAAAUGGCAAAAUUUCGUUUCUGGAGUACUACCGGAACAAGUACAACAUCAGAAUCCGCGAUGCCUACCAACCGAUGCUGUUGUCGCGGGCGAAAAAGAAGGACGCACGGUCGGGUGACAGCGAGUUGAUGGCGCUCGUGCCCGAGCUGUGUCAAAUGACCGGGCUCACCGAUUCGAUGCGAUCGGAUUUCAAAAUGAUGCGGGCAAUGGCUGACCAUACCCGUUUGAAUCCUGAUCGGCGCAUCGAACGCUUGGAAACGUUCAACCGGCGUCUGCAAACGUCCAACGACAGCCAGGAAGUGUUGAGGAUGUGGAAGAUGCAGCUGGACAAGCGAUUGGUCGAGGUGACCGGACGAUUACUACCUCAGGAGAUGAUCUUUUUCUCCACCGUCUCCACCGGUGUUCAGGCAGGCGAAAAUGCCGAUUGGACGUCACACUUCCGUGAGAAUCCAAUGUUUGCCACCGUACGGUUGAGCCGCUGGUAUCUGGUGGUUCCGGGCCGCUGUCAGCGGGAGGCAAACGAUUUCCUCGGCUGCAUGAUUAAGGCCGCGCGCGGCAUGAAGUUCGAGAUCAGCAACUGCGAGAUCGUGCCGAUGCAGGACGACAGCCCGAACACGUACGUUCGCACGCUCGAUUCCAUCAUCAACAAAGACCCGCAGAUGAUCAUGUGCGUUGUUUCGAACAACAAAUCGGACCGUUACACGGCGAUCAAAAAGAAGUGUUGCGUCGACCGGGCCAUUCCGACGCAGGUGAUGGUGCAGAAGACGAUCACACCGAAAACGGGCAACGUGCGGACGCUCAUGUCGGUCGCCACGAAGGUGGUCAUCCAGAUGAACUGCAAGCUGGGCGGCGUGCCGUGGAAGGUCAAGAUUCCGCUCAACGGGCUCAUGACGAUCGGCUUCGAUGUGUGCCAUGACUCGAAGGACAAAAGCCGAUCGUUCGGUGCGAUGGUGGCCACCCUCGAUCACGACAACCGCGGCACGCCCAAGUUCUUUUCCACGGUCAGUCACCAUUCGAGCGGAGAAGAAAUCUCCACCUAUCUGCCGCUCAACACCAUCAAAGCCAUCAACGAAUAUCGGCGCGAGUUUGGUGAGCUUCCGAAGCGCAUCAUCUUCUACCGUGACGGGGUCAGCGAAGGGCAGCUCCAGUACAUUAUGGAGCACGAGGUGCGCUCGCUGGUCGACAAGCUUGGCCAGCUGUACAAGAGUGCCGGCAUCAAGCAGGACGUACUGCUGACAUUUUUCAUUGUUAACAAACGCAUAAACACCCGUUUCUUCGACCAUCGACUCAACCCACGGCCGGGAACCGUGGUCGACGACGUUAUAACGCUUCCCCAACGAACCGAUUUCUACCUGGUGUCACAGUCGGUGAAGCAGGGCACGGUCUCGCCGACGGCUUACAACAUCGUGUACGAUUCGUCCAACCUGAAGAUCGACCACCUGCAGAUGCUGUCCUACAAGCAGUGCCACCUGUACUACAACUGGUCCGGCACAACGCGCGUCCCGGCCGUCUGUCAGUACGCGCACAAGCUUUCGUGUCUCGUCGGCCAGUAUCUGCACCAAUCGCCGAGCAAUCUGUUGGAGAAGAAACUCUACUUUCUGUAGAGAGCGAGCGACCAAAAACGUUUCUUUCCCUUCCGGCGGGCUGCCAUUUGUGUUUCUUUGUUUCGCAGGGACAAUGGCAACCAUUUACUGUCCUUAGAGAUAACAGCUGAACUUACAUCUCGACGAACUUAUUGACAGUUUCAGUUCAAUGAACCGAGCGCACUUUGGGCCGGUUUCACCCUUAGGUUUAGUUUUACCUAUCAGAGUAUAUUUUUCAGAAAAUUUCAAAGAAAAUGAACGAAAUGAUUUGAACUACCGAAGAAGACGAUGAAUGGUGCAAUAAACCAUU